UGCAUUAAAAUUAACCAUCAGUGACCUGAUGAAGCUUAUAAAGUGAGCUGGGAGAAGCCAGCCACCAAAACAGGCAUCUCAACUUGGAUGACUUGCAGGUGGAAACUGCCUUCACUUUGAUAAAAAAAAAGGUUCCAUCUGCAACCACCUGACCCCAAGAUGGUGCCGAUGCUGUUGCUGCUUUCCACCCUGGCUGGUCUCUUCGUGGGUGCGGCAAAGGGACAGGCAUUCCAUCCUGGGAGAUGCCCGAAUCCUCCCGUGCAGGAGAAUUUUGACGUGAACAAGUAUCUUGGAAGAUGGUAUGAAAUUGAGAAGAUCCCGGUGACCUUUGAGAAGGGAAGCUGCAUCCAAGCCAACUACUCGCUAAUGGAGAAUGGAAACGUCAAAGUGAUAAACCAGGAGGUGAGACCGGAUGGAUCAGUGAAUCAAAUUGAAGGUGAGGCCACCCAGGUCAACCUCACGGAGCCCGCCAAGCUGGGAGUCAAAUUUUUCUGGUUGAUGCCGUCAGCACCAUACUGGGUCCUGGCCACCGACUAUGAGAACUACGCCCUCGUGUACUCCUGUACCACAUUCCUCUGGCUUUUUCACAUGGAUCAUGUUUGGAUCUUGGGACGAAACCGUUUUCUCCCUCCAGAAACAGUGACCUAUCUAAAAGAUAUCCUGACUUCUAACAACAUUGCCAUCGAUAAAAUGACCAACACAGACCAGGUGAACUGCCCCGAGUUCCUGUAACCAGGCUCUGAAGGAAGGCUGGGUCCACUCCAUGUUACUUCUUUUGCUUUGCUUUUCCCCACCCCAUCCCACCCCGCAAUGAAAGCCAACCAACCACCAGGAU